GCCAUGAAUGAAAGAUAAUAAUGUAAACUGCGAAGCGCUGCGGCCUGUGUUAUUAUGCUGAAAAUAUCAGUUGUGCAAUAUUGUUUCUAAUUUUUAUCCAUCUGUAAAUCCAUGAAUAAAUUUUCUGAUGAAAAUUGUUACGACAAAUAAUAAGAAUGGAGUAUGAUAACGAUGAUACAUGGAAAAGAUCGAAUUCUCCAAAACAGAAAACAGGAUGUCACCCUGUACCUCGGCAAUCUACCACAGCUGCGGUGAUUGUACUCGGACUUGCGGUGUUAAGCUGCUUGCUUGGCUACUGCGUUCUCAGUGAAACUUUGCCGUAUGAAUCCAAGACCUUGCGGCUUGUGAUUAUCGUUUUCCGCCAUGGAGCCCGUACACCAAUAUCUUCAUACAAGAGCGAUCCAUUUAAAAAUUAUCAGUGGCCAGAUGGACUAGGAAGCCUCACAAACGUCGGCAAGUUGCAGUUAUACGAAUUGGGAAAGAAAUACCGCAGCUACUACGCGAACUUCAUCCCAGAGGAGUAUUUUGAGAGGGACGUGUUCGUACGGAGCAGUGACAGAUCCAGGUGUAUGAUGAGUGCGUACACGUUCCUCGCUGGUCUCUAUCCACCUUCGGAGAGACAGAUGUGGCAUCCAGAGAUACCCUGGCAACCGAUACCAGUACAUUCAUUGCCAGCACAUCUUGAUAAUAUAGUAGCAGCUACCAAACCGUGUAAGGUGUGGAAGGCUAUGUACAAUGAACUGUUAGCUGAGCAGAAUUCGAAUACAAAGUUCACUGAACUGUUCGACAAUCUGAGUAAAUAUACAAAUCAAAGCAUGCGCAGUGUGUUGGAAGUUGAUUUUUUGUACAGCACGCUGCUGGCACAGCAAGACGCUGGUUUGAAGCUACCGGAGUGGACGAGAAAUGUGUUUCCAAAUAAAAUGCGGCAUCCGUUCAUGCUCAGUCUGGCUCUGCUCUCUUAUAAUCAAACCUUACAAAGAUUCCACACUGGUCCCAUACUAUCAGAAAUCCGGCAACAUCUCAAAGAUAAUGUAAACAAUUUGAAUGUUGACCGAUCCUUGUAUUUAUAUUCAGCGCAUGAUGUGAACUUAGUGUCUCUAUGGCGUGCUAUGGGCUUCAAGGAACUAGUGGAGCCGGAGUAUGGAGCUAGUAUAGCGAUUGAGUUGCACGAAGAAGUCGAACAAGACACAUAUUUCAUACGGCUGUUCUACCGCAACAACACUAAAGUUGAGGUCCCGAUGGAGUUGAAGCUCCCCUUCUGUGACGAUCCUUGCACCUACACCAGGUUCCAGGAGUACAUUGACACCCUGCUACCAGAUGAUUGGGACAAGGAAUGUCAGAAUACGUAAUUUAAAAAACAUUUAGAUUACCUAAUAUAUUACCGUUAAUUAUACACUGUUAUGACGUAUAUAUUUUUUUACUUUAUUUUUAUAUACACAAAACCUUAAUAAUUUUAAUCCUCCGUGACAAAGAUUAAAACUAACUUACAUAGGUUGUAAAAAUUUAUUUCUGUAUAUACGUAAUUUAUUUGACAUAUUACGAUACUUUAUCUUGGUGCUACAGAGUCUGCUGAAAUUAUUUCGCGGCACACAGUCGAUGAAAUUAAUACCAUUUAUAAUCUGUACCAGUGACGUCUUAAACUGUCAAACGUUAUUGUUGUUAUUUAAAACAAAUUAAAGCUUUGCAAUGUUAUAAAUAUUCUAAAUAUUUUUCUGAAAUGCUAUAUUUUUAGUACUGUUACAAAUACCUUUAAAAUAUAUUACUAUUAUUAAGAUCGCUUUUUUUGUCUGUCAUAAAUCAAAUUAAUGUAGGUACCAUUCAAUGUGCCAUGUAUUAUAUAUGCUACAGGUAUUCUAAUUGUUUUAAUCCUAAAGACUAUUUACAUAAACCUUUAUUAAUUUAAAACAAUUUUAAAAGUACUGAAAUUAGUAUCCAUAGUUUAUGGAAUUUAAUAUUAUAUCUUUUAUUAAAAAGAAAAAAAAAAACAUUCCUUGCCAAUUGUUACUUAAUUCGUAUGUUCUGAAUUUGAAAAGUGAGAACUAGAACUACAUACUAUUUUUACUCGAUUUAUACUUCAUAUACACGUAUUCAAAUCUAUCUACUAGUUUAUAAGAUGUCCUCCUAUUCUUAAUACUGCUUUUUUAUAAUCUAUGCACCUUUUGUACACGAAAUUGUAAAUACGUAAUAGUUUAAUUUAUUUGGUUAUUAUUUAUUUGAUGUGCUUUAACUAUCUAAAACUUCUUUGCCUCGAAAUACUAAUAUAAAAUCAUGACUAAUUCUACCUAUAUAAGAAGAUUUUGGUGUUUUUGACGUUGUUCGAUGUGUAUUUACUGCACCGUUAUAGAUAAUUAAAUGUAUCGAAUACUAUGAUAUUGUAUUGAUGUUGUUGAAAAUAUGUUAUGUAUUAAAAAAAUUUUUACCUGUUACGCUUAUUCAACGGGUAGAAAUUUCAAUAGUUGACAUGUGUUAUUUAAUAAAGAUUUUUGUCAUUAAUGGCUGUAUAGAUAUUUACUCGAUGUUGUUUGAGAAUUUGAAUAUAGAACAUAUUUAUGUGAA